AUUGCCGGGAAAUUUUUGUUUUUCUUGGGUUUUAGUUUUGGAUUGUGAUGGGGAUUUUUUGUUUUUUUUUUGAAAUUGUGACAGUUUUUGAACAUGUGAGGACUAUUAUUGGUGUGUCUUUUAAUGCGGAGAGUUAAAGUUUCUUGAGAAAAUCUGCACCCAAUGAAAACCAGUAUAGAAGAAGAAAUUCACUGGAUAUAAAUAACACUCAGAAAAAAUCAAUUUUAAAAUGCGAAAUUUCCAGAUUCCCGAACACUAGACUAAUAAUUUAACACUCGUUUCCCUAUAUAAACACCGAUUUAAUUGGCAAAUAUGCGAACGAAAUACUAAAGUGUUGCGUAACUAGAUUGGGAUGUUACAAGUUGCGGCCUGAAUAUCGCCACAACAAAAAAAAAUGGCCCGAAUAAACCAUCAGAAUGUUACGGAUUGCGACGAACACGAAUUUUUAAUAAAACCGCUUAAACGUAAACUGGACGUUUUCUGGUUUUUGGUGCCGUUUUUAUCGGUGUUUAGUGUCGCUAGUGUGUUGGUAUCGAUCAGUACCCAAGGAUGGUUGAACACGUUGGAACGAAUGCCGAAUCCCGCGUAUAAUGGUUCCGGCGAUAUGGAGUUUCUAUUUAAGAGAACCGUCUCCGGGUUGUUUUCUUAUUGCUACACUAACCCUGGAGAUGACAACUUCCACUGCAAGCGAAUUGAUUAUUUUGCUCAAGACUACAGUCCUGAUAUACAAGACUCAACUUUGGUUAUACCAUAUGUAGUAUCUAAGGUUGCCAUUUUUUUUCUACUAGCAAGUUGCACAAUGACUGCUGCCUUUGUUUGCUCAGUAUUGGGGCAAUGUGUGAGGUACAGGGGCGUCUAUACUUUUGUGUCUGGACUAUUAUUUGUGUUAACAGGUUUAUUAAUGCUGUUAGGCCUGAUAGUGUAUAUAGCCCUAUUUAAAGCAGAAGUGGGCAGUAAGCUAAGAUCUGUGUCAGCAAUACGUCCGCCAUUGUUCGAGUAUACUUAUGGAUACUCGUUUUUCUUGUACAUAGUAGGCUUGAUUGCCACUAAUUUUGCUGGGUUAGGGUGUAUUUUUUUAUUUAUGUACAGAGUGCAAUACCACUGGAAGAGAAAAUACUUUGACGAACUAAGAAAAGGAAACAGGGCGCCUUCGAUAACGAACUUGCCAAGGAUAGUUGACCCACCCUUACCUGUGGAAUAUCCUUGCAGAAGACAUCCCUACUACUACGUUAAUUCAAAUAGCACUUUAACAUUUCCUAGGAGCCCUGCUAGAAAUAGAAUUCCUCUACCACCAAAAGACACCUCAGCGACAGUCCGAGAGUCACCGUGCUCCCUGCACCGGAUGCGUUUCCAUCAAUCGACGCCCUCCCUAAAAGACGUCGCGACGUCGUUCUACGACUUCCCCCCGCCCCCGACAAUAUCUUAUCAGUUCGACGAGCAUUUCUCGAAUCGGGAUCGGGCCAUGUCCCGUGACGUCACGUUGAACACGGUCUCGACAACGGCCGACGUCAAUUUGGACGAUUUGCCCGAACCGUAUUUCGACGAAUAUUCGCCGAGUCUCCCUCACGAGUUCGUCACUUUCGACUUGGACGAGCCGUUACCGGUGCGCGCGCAGAGUAUCGUCAGUAUUAACUCACGGAGCGGCAAUAACGGUGGGGGUGGCGCAAGGAAGAAUUUCGAGUGUGAUAAUAUGAGAAGGACUACACCGGUAUAGGGAAUGUUUUCUUUUUAGUUUAAGUGUUUUUUAUGUUUGUUUUGCGUUUAAAAUGCUGUCAUGUUGGCUGUAUUCAAAGAGUCUAAAAUUAAGUUUGCAUCAAGCUUUGUUUUUUUUUUGCGGAAGGUUAUCAAUUUAGAAAAAUAAAGGCAAAUAAAUCCCUUAUAUUUUGAGCUACAGGGUGUUAAAAUCUUAAA